CUUUCCCUCUCCAUUUAGCACUCUCUCCAGAUUGACUCAUACAGAUCGAUCUUCAAUGGCUCUAUCAACAACCCGAAGAAUUAACCAUCUAUUGAAGCCUUUAUCGGCGGCAGUGACCGCCACGCGCCGGCUAUCAUCAGAUUCCACCGCCACAAUCACGGUAGAAACAAGUCUGCCAUUCACGAGCCACAACAUAGAUCCUCCUUCACGUUCAAUCGAUACAAGCCCUAAGGAACUCAUGACUUUCUUCACUGACAUGGCUGAGAUGCGUCGUAUGGAGAUUGCUGCUGAUUCCCUCUACAAAGCCAAAUUAAUUCGUGGAUUUUGUCACUUAUACGAUGGACAAGAAGCCGUCGCUGUUGGUAUGGAAGCCGCAAUUACCAGAAAGGACUGUAUCAUUACUGCUUAUAGAGACCAUUGCAUCUUCCUUGGCCGUGGUGGAAAUUUAGUGGAGGCGUUUGCAGAGCUUAUGGGAAGGAAAGAUGGUUGUUCCCGAGGUAAAGGUGGUUCGAUGCAUUUUUACAAGAAGGAGAAUGGAUUUUAUGGAGGUCAUGGUAUUGUUGGUGCUCAGGUUCCUUUAGGGAUUGGAUUGGCAUUUGCACAGAAGUAUUCCAAAGAGGAGCAUGUGACUUUUGCCAUGUAUGGUGAUGGUGCUGCUAAUCAAGGGCAGUUGUUUGAGGCUUUGAAUAUGGCUGCAUUGUGGGAUCUUCCUGCAAUUCUAGUGUGCGAGAACAACCACUAUGGAAUGGGGACAGCAGAAUGGAGGGCUGCAAAGAGUCCAGCUUAUUACAAGAGAGGAGAUUAUGUUCCUGGUCUGAAGGUAGAUGGUAUGGAUGUCUUUGCUGUUAAACAAGCAUGCAAAUUUGCUAAGGAACACGCCCUCAAGAAUGGACCAAUUAUUCUUGAAAUGGACACCUAUAGGUACCAUGGUCACUCUAUGUCUGAUCCUGGAAGUACCUACCGCACUCGUGAUGAGAUUAGUGGUGUUAGACAGGAACGUGACCCUGUUGAAAGAAUCAGGAAACUCAUAUUAGCCCAUGAUAUAGCCACUGAGAAGGAGUUGAAGGAGAUUGAGAAAGAAAAGAGAAAAGUUGUAGAUGAAGCCAUUGCUAAAGCAAAGGAGAGCCCCAUGCCUGACCCUUCUGAGCUCUUUACCAAUGUAUAUGUGAAAGGGUUUGGAGUUGAGGCCUGUGGAGCAGAUAGGAAAGAACUCAGAGCUACACUUCCUUGAGGGCCUUGUUUGCAUUUUUUGGUCGCCUUCUCAUAUGCACACGAGAUAAGGCUAUAGCUACAGCAAAUAAUUGUGAUAGUAAAAUCAUUGGGCCUCGUCAUGCAUAGUAACUGAAAUGAUUUAUCGUAAAUGUAGGAAAUUGCUCUUUGUUGAUGUUUCUUGUCUCUUAACUGUAAACAUAUUUGGCUGGUGUAUUUUUCUUUUUCCUCUAUUCUUCCAUCUAAGAUGGUAAUAAAUUUGAGUAUAGCACCGCUACGAGGUGUUGUCAGCUUGA